GAGUGCUGGGAUUACAGGCGUGCGCCACCACGCCCGGCUCCUUAAUUUUUUUUGAGAGGUCAAAAAUCUGUGGUCACUCUGCCCUUUAAAUAAGAGCCUGCGGCUCGCAGACUGGCUUCCCGACGGAGUGGCCUGCGGACUCCGACGCUUGCGGACACGAAUUUUGAUGUUGGGAGGGUUCAGCCCUUUCUGUAGAGUGGUUCAGGAUCUGUAGCAAAGUUGUCAUUGCUAAGAUCUACGUUGAUAGUCGCUUUCGGACCCACAACAGAAAAUGAUGCAUCCUGUUGCCAGCAGUAAUCCAGCAUUCUGUGGCCCUGGCAAGCCUUCCUGCCUCAGUGAAGAUGCCAUGAGAGCCGCUGAUCAGUUUGAUAUAUAUUCCUCCCAGCAGAGUAAAUACAGCCACACAGUCAGCCACAAACCAAUGGUUUGUCAGAGGCAAGACCCACUGAAUGAAACACACUUGCAGACUACAAGUGGCAGAAGCAUAGAGAUAAAAGAUGAACUAAAGAAAAAGAAAAAUCUCAACCGAUCUGGUAAGCGUGGCCGGCCCUCGGGAACCACCAAAUCAGCAGGAUACCGGACCAGCACAGGCAGACCCCUGGGAACUACCAAAGCGGCUGGAUUUAAGACAAGUCCAGGCAGACCUUUGGGUACAACUAAAGCUGCGGGAUACAAAGUCAGCCCAGGGAGACCUCCAGGUAGCAUUAAAGCUCUAUCCCGUCUUGCCGAUCUUGGUUAUGGCUGUGGCACUGCUGCCUUUCCUUACCCUAUGAUGCAUGGUAGAGCAGUUCAUGGGGUAGAGGAAACCAGCAGUGAAGUCAAGCCACCCAGCGAGUGACUGAGGCAGGAGAGGAGGGCCAGGUUUAGAAAGAGAUUGUGAAUAAUCCCAAAGCUUCUUGGUUUGAUUUUGACAGACAUAAUUUUAUAGCCUGGGCUUUCCAAAUUUGUUUUUCUGUUUGAGUUCCCCCGCCCCCUGCUUUUGCUCAGAAGCUGCCAUAGGCUUUCAGAUGCACUCAGGGCACAAGCAGUGGCAUUAUAUUUGUACAUAGGUUCAAACGUAAUUCCUAACUAAGACAUUUUUGCUUUUCCUUACAGUUGUGUCUUACGUUCAUUACUACUUUUGAGUCAUUCUUAAUAGAUGCUUUAUGUGCUAAACAACUGAAACCAUUAUACGUAUUAGUUUGUGAGGUAAGCCUGUAAUAUCUAAGGGAUGGAGCAAAAAAGCAAACUAGUGAUUCAGAACUACUUGAGGUAAUGGCUAUGUGAGUUUUUACAACAUUCAUGAGACAGGACACAGCUGUUUGAAUUUACAUAGACUUCAGAUGUUAAAAACUUAUUUGUAGUGUUCUGAGGUCAAGCAGCUUAUUUAUUGAUCUACAUGGCAUUAAUUGAUUUAACCAUUAUUCUUAAAAGAAUUCCUUAGGGUUUGCCUUUCAGCAGUAAUAGGUUUUAUAUUUUUGAGUUACCUACAAUCAUAUGUACCAAACACUACAAACAGUUCAUAUUUACAAAAAAUUUAAACUGUCUUAUAAAAACUGCACAUUACAUUUUUAGUGAAAUACAGUGCAUUCUGAGAAUCACAUAUUCAGUAGAGAAAAUAUUCUUAAGGUCUGCAUGUAGCUACAGUCACUAAUUUUAAGUAUUAUGUUAAAACAUUUAUUACUGUUGCUCAUUUAUUUGGAAUGUUUUUUAAUUUUGCUGAGAAAUUGUCCCAUUGCAUUAACACUUCAUUUCAGGUUUAUUCUACCAAAGGACACAAAUUGAGUGGUAGACUGUAAAACUGCUAUAAACCGAAUGCAAUUUCCUAACUCUUGGAACCCAAAUACUAAUGUAGGAAUCCAUCUAUGCAUGAAACAUAUAAGAAGUUUUUGGCUAGUCUGAUUAAAAACCUUAUUGUGGGUCUAGGGGACUACUUCAUCGAAAACACCCCUCCCCAAUAAUACUUGCUUUUGAAGCAAUAUAGAAAAGACAAAAACAAAUAUUGGGCAAAUACGUAUGUUAGGGACAGAGAAACCUCUUUCUAAGGUAAUAUUCCUUAUUAAUCUUUUAUUUUGAGUUCUAAAAAAUAUUGUAAACUUCAGAUUUGAAAAAUUCCAAUGAACUUUAAAGUUACAAUGUUUGUACAUAAUGACAUUAAAUGCCUUUGAGAUUAAAAUGUAAUAUUACAGGACCCAAAACUUUUACAUUAAUUAAAAUUUUACAAGGGCACAUAUUGUGUUGGUUGGGCUUGCUCUCAGUUAAUGCAAACUCUGCAAAUGGAUGUCAUGUUUCAUACCUUUUUUAUCAGGAAAAAAGCAGCAAGCCUUCAGGUGUUCCAGUGAUGCCUGACACAAUGAGCUGGACUUUGUGCUGCUCUUUACAGUAAGAGGUGUUGCAUUAUAUGUGGGGACUGUGUGUGCACUGGCAUCUAAGACAGUGACCUCAACAAUAUUAGCUUUGCACAAACCAUAGUGAACAGUGAUGGAUAACUACAUAAUCAGUUGUAACAUUCUGGCAGCUAAAAUGCUACAAGAGUUUCUUCUUGCAGAAGCUUAGAAUAUAUAAAAAACUUAAUAAUUUUCUCAGAACAGUAUAACUUCUGACACACACAAAUACUUGCAUCCUUACUCAUGUGUUCAUCUGUUUUUCUUCUGUAUCUGUCAUUUAGCUGUUUCUUAAGAUGAUAUUCAGCAGUUGGCUUCUUAGGAGUACUUUCUAGUUCCUAAAGACAGUUGUUUAAUUAAUUGUUCUACCAUAGAAUAACAUACCAUUGUCCAGAAUUUGGUUGCAUGUUUUAUAGUAAGUUCAUUUGACAUUGCCCUUUCAUUUGUGAUUUUGUUAAACAUACCCUUCUUAUUUCUCCCCUGCCCUUUGCUACAUUCAUUCCCUUCUCCUCUCCCCCAGCCCCCCAGCACAUCUACUCAAUGGUGCUGUGCUGUGUGUCGGAAGAUAAAGCAGGUGUAUUAUUGUAUAAUAAAUUUUGUAUACAUGUUUAUGAAAUAGUGAACUAAGGGAGAUAUGUUCAUCACAGUGUUUAUUAUCAGGAGCUAUGUCCCAGGAGACAAGGGGGACAGAUGGCUACCGUUGUGGAUGGGUAACGUCAUUUAGACAGCUGAGUUUACUGUUCAUAUGAGCACCUGGAAUAUUAGAUUUAUACACUGGUGAACAUCUCCUGAUUCCACUUAACUUUUCUCCGUGUGAACAGUUUACUGGUGCCAUGCUGAAGAGAAAGAUAUAUAAGUGAUAAUAUGAAUGAAGUCUUAAAAUGCAAAAUAUUUUUACUUCUAUAUAAUCUGAAGACUCUAUUGUGCAUCUUUUGUAACACUGUCUCUUGUCAUGAUAAACACUGAAAUAGCAUGUUGAACAGUUGCCUAUACUUUAAUAUAAUCAGUUGGGGAAAACUGGCCUUUUCCCUGCACUGUAUGAUUGUUCCUUAAAAGGUAAAUUGCUAAUUUUAUACUGUGUAAUUCUGUUCUUCACAAAAUAGGUUUCACUAUUCUAUAUAAAACUGUUGGGUCAGAAAAUGAUCUGCUAUUCAAGUAAGUUUGCUUUAUUCUUUCUUUAAGAAGUAUUUUAACAUGCCUUAUUUAUUGUUACCAUAUUAAUAGGGUAAUACACAUGAAAUUUUCAUUUUUUGACAGAUAUAACCUUGCAUAACUAAUCUUUAGUAGGGGAUGAUUUUGAUACUAUCUUUGGAGUUUUGCACUGGGUAUUAAAAAUAUACUGGCACAAUGUAUUACAAGAAAAUUAGUAUCAUUAAUUUUUAAUAUUUGAGGACUUUUUUUAAAUGUGUUUUAAUUAGACUAAAAAUCCUAUUUUUUAUUUACUUUUUGAAGAAACCUUGUCAAGGUAUUAUUCAUUCCAAACCAAUGUUUGUGUGAAUUUACAUAUAUAUUUUCAUGAAAUAAAAAUAGAGUUUCUUUGCAUUAAGGAGGAAAAAAAAUCUGGAUCCAUUUCUUAAGUUAAAGGUGAUUCGUCCAGUGUAAGAAUAACUACCGUGUAUGAGCUAAAAUAAAUGAAUAAACGUCUUUAUCUUCUAAGAUGCUUUAAAAACAGUUCAGGGGUAUUGUAACUGUUACUCUGUCAGUCGUUGUCUAUAUGCAGUACAAUUUUAUUAUCUCUUUAUAGUAAAGUUUAAGAAUUCACAACAGUUGUUGCAAAUAUUUUUCUCCCCUUGGACAUAAAAUUUUGAUGCCAUCCAUUUUGUUUUUGUUUUAUUAUAGCAUAUCUAUUUGCUCCUAAACUCUGGAAUGUAUCUAAAUCUUUCCUUUGCUUUGCCCACAUCCUCCUAAGUAGACACAUCUGUGCUCUCACAUGUAAUGUAUUUAAUUUUUUGAAAAUUUAAUUUUUUGAAAAUUAAAUACUCUAGUAAAUCAAGUGUUAUUUAAAGGAGUCAGAUUCUUUGAUUCUUCAAGUUAUCAGUUUCUUUUUCUGCAGAUAAUUAUGGAGAAAACAAUUAUCAAUUACUGACGAUAAGCACGCUGUCCUCUGCUGUAAAAAGUCUGAAUAGAUACUGUGUAUGUUUCUAUGUCCAUGAACUCGAGCUACUCAUGUGCAAUUAUGUGUGGGAAUGGAGUAGUGUUCAUGAUUUGUAUUUACAUCAUCAUAUGGAUGUAUAUUUAUUAAUAAAGUCAUUACUUUAAAACCAA